AUGACUUAUUCCAGUCGUCAAUGGAGUUCUAGCCUCUCAAGGUCUGAUAGGGAUGGGGAGAAAGAUAUUGACAACGAUGGCCUGACCUCAGCCUCACAUGAUAUUCCUAUGACAGUUGGAAUCAGAAACAAGGCUAUGUAUAUGCAUCAGUAUAAUAUUUCUACAACUACUUCUAUGGGCCUCAGUAUGGCUGAGACAUUAGCUCAGGGUCCACAUCACUCUUACUCAUCAUCACAAUUAUCUGCUAGUACUCAAAAGCUUGAAGAGUUGGCCCUUAAGCAAUCUAGGUUAUUAAUCCCAGUGACACCAUCCACACCAAGAUCCCUGAUAGAGUAA